GAGGAGGUUGCGGCGGGCUAGCGGAAGAGCUGGGUAGCGGAGAAGCUGCUCCUUCUCCCUGCUGCUCCUGAGCGAGCCGGGAACGCGCGCGCGGGCGCGCGUGCGCGGCCGUCCGGAGCGGGCUCCCCACCCUCUACUCCUGCGACCCGCACCGCACCCCCACCCGGGCCAGAGGAUGAUGAAGCUCAAGUCGAACCAGACCCGCACCUAUGACGGCGACGGCUACAAGAAGCGGGCCGCGUGCCUGUGUUUCCGCAGCGAGAGCGAGGAAGAGGUGCUACUCGUGAGCAGUAGUCGCCAUCCAGACCGAUGGAUUGUCCCUGGAGGAGGCAUGGAGCCUGAGGAGGAGCCAAGUGUGGCAGCAGUUCGUGAAGUCUGUGAGGAGGCUGGAGUAAAAGGGACAUUGGGAAGAUUAGUCGGAAUUUUUGAGAACCAGGAAAGGAAGCACAGAACGUAUGUCUAUGUGCUCAUUGUCACGGAGGUGCUGGAAGACUGGGAAGACUCAGUUAACAUUGGAAGGAAGAGGGAGUGGUUUAAGAUAGAGGAUGCCAUCAAAAUGCUGCAGUACCACAAACCCGUGCAGGCGUCGUAUUUUGAGACAUUGAGGCAAGGCUACUCCACCAACAACGGCACCCCAGUCGUGGCCACCACUUACUCGGUUUCUGCUCAGAGCUCCACAUCAGGCAUCAGAUGACUGAAGACCUGGAAGAGGGUGGAAAUUGGAAAUUAGACUGAAGUGCAGACCUUCCCUCUCACCCUUGCUCUUCUCACCUCUCCUCACAGACCUCCUCUCUGAAAUAAGGCAUGAUGGCAGCAAAGAAAGUGUUCAUUGAAAGUGUUGCUACUUGAUGUUAAAUGAUGGGGCUUUUCUUCUCUUUUAUUGAGGGGGGGGUGUAAUUUGUAAUAAGUACUUUUGUGCAUGAUCUGUCCCUACCUGUUCACACCCCUACAUUCUCUAAAAAUAGGCAAACAGCCUUCCCCUACCUUGGAUUCUGAAGUAGUCCUGUCUCUCUCAUUCUAGCCCUGGCCAGGCCUUUUCCUUUGAUUUUUAAUUUUUUUUUAUUAAAAGAUACCAGUAUGAGAUGAAACCUUUCAAGAAUUUGUUCUAUAAAGUGCUAUGCUGUCCAGUAGGUCGGUUCCUUUGACUGCAGGAUACAUUUAUCUACACAUUAUAUACUGGGCAUAUAAUAUGUAAAUAAAUGACUUUUAGAAGAGGAAUUUAAAUUUUUCAAGGUUUUUUGUUUUUCAAAUUUGAGGCAUUUCUGAAACAGAGAGCCUCACAAUUUACACUUUCCUUUUGAUGCUAGGGGCUAGAUCAGCUUCCUGUCUUUGCUCUUCCCCAGUUGUGACUGCAGUCAUGUGAGGACGGGAAGAGCGCAGCCACCGUCAGUCACAGUGCCCAGGACGCACGGCCUUCUCUUCUUGCAGUUGUGUUUCCAUGCCAAGAAAGAUCCAGGAAGAAACCUAUUUUCUUUUUUAUUACCAAGCCAGGAGCAAAUGGCCUGAGCUCUGAUCCAGAGAAACAAUGAUAGAAAUUGAAUUCUUCCCUACAUGUUGACAGUAGGGAUUUGAACUGGGUUUUUGGGAUUACUUCUAAAAAACUGGAGCAUUGAGCACUGUUCCUAUCCCGCCGGUUUGGAAUUUUUUCCAUAAUGCUACAUACCGCCGACAGUGGCCUCUCUCCUUGUGCGUACAUGCCUUACAGCUUGCCGAACUGGGUAUUUGUCUUUGUGCGCUGGAGUGGCCAGCUCUCCUCAGCAAUGCAGCUGUGUAGUCCUGUCCCCAUCGUGGUUAACGAUGUUAAGUUUCUGAAAAGUACACGGCAGGAAAAUCCAAGUGUUUGCUUGUCUUUGUAAGGUUACAGUACUUGUAAGUGCAUAGGGAGCAUGCUCAGAAAUACUGACUGUGUCGCUCACUGGGGUGUGAAAGACCUGUCUUCUACCUAGAAAUGACAUGGCAGAAUGCGUCAUCAUUUACUAGAGCAGCUAUGGAAAUGCAUUGGCUCCCUGCAGACUGUCCUGUUGGAUGUUGAUACAGGUCUCCUGCUGGCUUCAUUCACCACUUGUGUUGUUCAGUUGGGAAGUAAAGGUUUUCAAAUUGGUGGGGUUGGGGCGCCACUGAUCAGUCCCUGGCUUGGGAUAGGAGCUUGUCACUGUAUUCUUAGUGGCUUCUCCUUUGUCAAAACAGCCAAGAUGUGAAACUAGAAUCGCAGUUCUCGUUAUUUAAAAAUUCUAAUAAAUUCUCAAACUUUGAAAAGCUUUUGCUCUUCCCUCCCACGAAAAGAAUGUAUGUAUCUGGUCAGCCUGUGUCAUUUAGUUUUCAGCAUUUUGGGGGCCACCAAUUGGUAAACUUAAAUUUUUCUAUACUCUCAGUUUCUAUCUUCUCUUCCAGUCUUAAACACAGAACCAGAAGGCAGUGCCAGCAAUUUCCUUAGCAUGCCCUCCUGCCUCUGGGAAAGGAGUUCUGUCCCCAAGUUAGGGUCCCGUUGGAUGGAAACAGCACCGUGGGAUCUGAGUCUGAAUGCCAGUUCACUGUUGGCUGCCCUACUUUAAAACACACACACUGCUGCUGUCAUCUUAUAGAGCGUCUAAGGUUCUGUUCAAAUACGUACAGGGGAGAAUAAAAUAAGAUCACCUAAGCAUUUAGUGGAAUCCCAAAAGCACGUUUACCCAAAUACAUUCUACCUUUGUGAUGUGGAUUGAAAGUGCUUUGCAGGAAAAGAGUCAGUACUCCUGGAAAGGGAACCAGAGUGUUAACAGUAAUUGUGCAUUUUCUAAUGAUCUAAAGAUGCCUUUACUGGGCUGGUGUAACAAUAUACUACCCUACCAAGUCCACUUUGGAUUGUUGAUGUCUUUGGGUCAGGAAAGUAAACUGUGCCAAGAAGUAUUUUUCCGUAACAUGAAUGGAUUCUAUUAACACAGUGAACUGAAGAGAUUGUGCUGACGCCUUGUUGACUGACAAAAGGAGGCUUUGUCCAGCUGGUGAUGUUUUCUGUUGCACUGGGACUCUGAUGAGCAGGGAUUGGUGUUUUUCCCUCCCGGGCACCAUAAACACCAUGCCUGCCUUUACUGACGUGUAGUCACAGCCCUUUUGCGAUAGAUUAGCUAGACCUGUUGCAGCUAACUUUGUAUCUCCGCAGAGAAAGUGAGGAGAAACAAAAGAAAGCACAAAACUUAUCCUACUUUCAAAAUAAUUUUAUUGGCAUUGAUUUGCCAUUAGUUUUACAAAUACUCACCUUAUUCAGGUUUGACAGAAACAGGUUUCUGUGUUCAGGGCAGAUAUCAAGUCUGUCUCAUAGUGAAUUUGCAUCUUCUAGAUUCUGGCUGCCACUGGAGUAUCCAUCAGAGUCUGCAAUCCUCAGGAUAGAGAAAAACAGCAAUGGAUUUUUUUAAAUUUGUUUUUAGUUUAUAAAUUGCAGCCAUUGGAAAUUGCAGCCAUUGGGGACACACAAGUGAGGUCAUGCCAUCCUUUUGGAACAGGACUCUGGGGGGCGGGGAGCAGGUGCUACCCUCAGGAGUCAGCUAUGUUAAACUUUUUUUUUUUUUUGGAAGCCUUCCAGAACAGUGCAGCCCAUAAAACAGGAGUCUUGAUUUUUCUUAACGCAAACACAACAGGAUGGACACGUUAGGAAUUGACUGUGCUUUGUUUUUACAAGUGUCUGCCGCCCAAUCUGCCCUGCAUACAGAGGGCUCCCUCACUGCUCCGUCUGAGCAGAGGCCAGCUGGAGGGACCACAGGGUGUGGGGCUGUCACGCCCUCUGUGGCUGCAGCUGGAUUUCCCUUCAGUCUGCAUUGCACCGUGCAAUGCUGUGGCAGGAACAGCAGUUAGGGCCUUACUCCUCAUAGCCUCUGGGGAGAGGGGGUCCCUGCCCUCUGAGAGUGUUUUGCAGCAGCUUUGUAAAUGUGUUGCUACAUAGUCAAAUUCCUUUGUGGCAAAAAAAUAUUUUCUGUCUUGAUGUUAGCAGUCAGCACAUGUGAAUUCUCCUAGACUUGCUUAGAAGAAAAAAGUCACUUUGUUUUUAGAAGAAAAAAGUUCCACACAGGACCGUUUUCCUCAUUCUCCUUCCCCUUUCUCUUUUCCACAUACAAUGCUGAUUGGAGGCUCCUGAACCUCUUUAACCAGAGGAUUGAUCAGUCUCCUGUGGGACCCUAGUGUGCAUUUCACACAUUGUACUUUUCAUUUUUACCAUUUCCACUUAGUGCUAUAUUAACACCUUUGUUGGCCUUCCCACCGGAUCUUUUUUUAAAAAACAGCCUGAGCCACAUUGUUUUAGUUUACAGAAGGGAUUUAAUAAUCACAAUGUGAUUUUUGCCACAACUAUAGUUUUUAAUAUUUCUGAAGUGUUCUGUAAGCCUGUUCUAGGUGAGAGUAGAUUUAGAAUUAAAAGAAAUACCUAGAGAAAUUAUUACAGUGGGAUGAAUUUUUGCUUUAAGAGCAAUGAGGGUUAGCUAUAAUUGACAAUAUAACUUCAUCCUGGUCCCAUCCGCAUUUCAGAAAAUAAUCCACAUUUUUAACAAAAGAAAAAGAGACAUGCAGGACAGUUAAGCCGGCAGUUCCAGGGUGAGAUUAUUCAGUAGUGACUGAAUAGUGCAAACCCUUUUCUGGUUCUUACUCUUUGAAGAUAAAGAGGUCAGACCUGAAGCUGUGCAGGUCAUAUGCCCAGAAGAGGCAGCAAGCAUUUCUUGUGAGCCUUGCUGGGGUGGAACCUUUCUCCAGGGCUGCAGGCGGCUGUGGGCUGUGCAGCCCCGCUUCUGGUGGUCUCCGUCUCUGCAUUGGGCUUCACCUCACUUGGAGCGGGGCGGGGCCAGCAGCCGGGAGUCAGCCUUGCGCUCAGGGGUGAGCUGUGCAGCACAGACCUCUCGCCCUCGGGAAGAGCUGUGUUCUCUAUGUCAUUAGAUAUCAUCUAAAACAGUGAGACAUUUGAGAUUGUCAGGUAAAUUUAAAAUUGGGAAACAUCGACAGCAAUCUAUAAAAGACACUGUUGCCUGUGCACCAGGUUGACUCAAGAUGACUGUGGGUCCUGGAAACCGUGGGAUUUUAGGGGCACUUCCUUCCACUCCUGCGUUCCCAUUUUGACCACGUUCUUGCAUUAGCUGGUAACCUCUCAGGGAUGUGAGAGGCCAUAAUCAGGACAUCUGGGAAAAUGAUACCUCUCAUCUUUAGAUUCAUCAAAUAACUUGUCCUCUAAGUCCCAUUAAAUAUUAAUAAAAGAGAAGGAAAGAAUCCCAUUUGAUGUUGAUUUGGACAGGGUCCUGGAGCUGAGGCCAGUCACAUGAUUUUGUGUAUCUCUGCAAUGUGAAGUUUUCUAAAUAAAAAGGCAUGUCUCUUUCUUAAAGCUUUGUUCAUCGUGAUGAUUUGGUGAGCUUGAGCUUGUCUUGAGAAACUCAGACUGUCUGCGGCGAGGGAGCUCAAACGGAAACCAGUUAGCUCAGAAUCCAGCACACCAGGAGGGACUCUGCUGAAGAAGUAAAGCGGUUCUGUGAGAGGUGGAGAGCCAUGGCUCCUGUUCCUCCAGCAAUCGGUUGUUUGAUUCGUUGCCCUAGGUUUCCUUUGGUUUACAUUCCCAGUUUUUAACCUGGAACAAGGGCCUCCAAAACACCAAAGGAGGCGUUUAAAACCCUGGAGAUAGUCUUUAAAAUUUAGAUACAAAAACGGCAGCCUUGUCAUUCUCCAGCUUUGUCACCCCAAGUUGCAGCCAGUCGAGGCAAGAAGAUUUUAUUAAUCAUUGAGCUGAGGAACAAAUACUGGUUCUGGUGCAAUUACCCACUAAAUUGCCUACUGUCUGUGACCAUUAUCUGUUGGGUGUACCUUUCAGGGAACAUCUCGACAGUGCAAUAAAAUCACUCUCCUGGGAAUGAGGUCCCAUUUAGGUCAAAAUCUUAAGUCUUUGGAACUCCUUAGGAAAAAAGCAAGAUGCCUCAAUCCCAAUGCUGGGCCUUGAGGCUAUACUCCCCUCUCUGUCCUGUGGGGUGCAGCUGGCUUACCUGUAGGAAGCACUGAUACGAGCCUGUCCUGAGCACUUUUGUGCUGAAUGGACAUGUGCACCUAAAGUUGCAACAGAUCCCUAUGGCCUCUAUCUUGUCCUGUUGAAAAAAGAGCUUUUCAGGCUCACUAAUAAAUGACCAGAGAAGACAUCUAGUUUUAGUUACUUGAUUCCAGCAGCAUACUGUACUACUUAUGUACAGUUAAGUAGCAACAGAUACUACUUACGCCAAGGAAAGUCAAGACUCAUUAUGGAGACACCCAGGAACCAGGAUGGGUCUGCUCCACAUAGAGCUUUCACCCAGGGCACAUCUCAAGUUAGGUCUUCCAAAUCCUGAAGGAACAGGAGGUCUUCGAAGGCUGAGCAGGCAGUGUGUGUUCCUCCCGAGAACUGGAAGGAGUUCAAAAGGAAAUGGCAGGCAUCUAAGCUGCAGCGGGCAGGCGCAACCCUGCCCCUUCUCCCUUCCCACGUGGCUGUGAGCAGUUCUGCUCAGAACCCCAAAGGGACUCUCCUCCAAAAUCAGAUUAGCUUCAGGUGUUUUGUUUAGCCCAAGAACCUCACCUUUUCCCUUCCACCCAUGGAUGGAUAUUUGUGAAUGUGUUGCUCAGGGCACAGGUGCAUGAGUGAGUCCAGGGCCCAGUGGCAUAGUGUUACAUUUAGUAGUUAAACAAUUAGUUAACUCUAUCGUAAAAGAAAUACAGAGUAUGUAGUGCGGUUUUGUAAAUGUCAGUUCUGUGUUUAUUAUUUUUUGGUUUGAAAACUUUCAAACUGGUUUAUAAUCAAAAGGUUGGUGGUUAGAUAAAAUUUCAGUCAGUGGUACAUCUGUCUUAAGAAAGAUAGCUACCAGUUUGCCAUGCAUUUAAGGAAGCUAGGAGCAUUUGAGGCUGUUGAGAGCUGUUGUAAAGCAAGUGUCUCUGGCCUACCCAGAUGUGUUAUUCCUCAGAGAGGAAGUGGAAGCCCAUUAGUAGCAUCAUCAUACUUGAUCUUGCCAGCCCAGCCUUUAUUUCAAGGACCUGGUCUCCCAUCCCAUCCAAUGGACUUGGUAAGGGAUGGGCUCUGAGGAGUAGGCGAGCCCUGCCCUGUUGGCUCAGCUGCAGGUUGUGGUCUUCAGACACCAUAAGGUUUAUUAAGGUGUUUCCUCCCUGCAAUCACCUCAUCUACCAACAGCAUCAGAAAGGUUAAAAUCCCUGGGACCAUUCUAGUUCUCAAACAGAUGAACUAAAUGUGCUUUCUACCCUGUCGCAAGUGUAUCGCCCAGAUGCCGUGUCCCUUGGGCCAAGUUCGGCAGGUAUUUCUAGGGAACCCUUUGGGUUCAGGCAAAGUAGCCAGGAUGUACUUUGAGUUUAACUUUUUCCAAAGGACAGAAGUCUUUGUCCCUUCCCCCUAGUGCUCAUCCAUUUUGGCAGAGGCUUAAAUGGUCAAAUCUAGUAAUGUCUCUGGAACUGAGACACAGAACCAGGGGCCCAUGCACCCAGGGACCAGUGCCCUGGCGGUCACACAGGCUCAGUCUAGACUGUUCUGAUGCCACCAGAACUCUGCUGCUGUCGCCUUCCCUCAGGACCGCACAGAAAAGCAAAGAGCCUUACCAUCGUUAGAUCUCCUAGUUCCUUGGCCAUUCUAUAGAGAGAGUGUAUGUAUCACCUGUUCAGGCAGUGCAUUUUAUGUUUGUAGAAAGGAGAGAAAGUGGAGUACUCACAUCAUUGGAGAGAUUGGCAGGAAUAACCCCGAACGAGCUGAACAGAACUGGGGAAUCAAAGGAAUGGAAUGGCGCUCGUAUAAGGAGGAGGGGUUGGUUAUGGUCCUUUAACCUCUUGGGAUCGAGUGCUGCGUUAUGAAAUGGGUCUGUCAUCAUGCUUGCUGUACCCCAAUCCAAAUGCACUCCAGGACUUAAGUUCCAACCUAUGGCUAUAUGGCCUUGUUUUCCCAUUUCCUUUGUUUCCGAACAGCUUUGCUCAGUUUUGCAUGGAAAACCAGGCGUUCCUUCCUGCCCACUUGGGCUACCUGCCCAAGCCCUGACCUCUUCCCCAGUAUCUUCACAGCACCUCUAAGGAAGACCUUCACUGUGCCCAUAGGAGCUGAGGGGGGUGGAACUUGGUCCAAAGAAGGUGGAAGGAACCUGAGUUUUCCUGUUUCCUUUUCUCAAGGAGGGUGUCUUCAGGCUUCCUUCACACCUCUCUUUCCCAUGAGAACAGUUGGCUUUCAGAGGAGGGCUGAAAAGAAAGGGGAACUGGGUCCAGCCCCCAGGUUUGGGUCCAAGACAGGUACACCGCGGAUGGGAGCCCCACUUCCCCCUUUAACCACAGGCCAGCCGCAUGUAACCAUUCCCCCUCGCAAGUGUCUGCUUAUGUGGUGCCAGCAGCAGAGGGCACACCGCCCCCCAAGAGAGCUCUGGUAGUACCCCUAAAAGCCCACCAGCCCCACAUCCCACUCCUUUUUGUACAAAUGCUUAAACCUGUGAGUGUGCUAUUCCUUUCUUUGUGUUUAUCAGCUUCCUUCCAUUUGAGCUGUGUGGGAGGGAAGGGCAUCAGAAUUGUAGGCUGUAAUCUUGUGCCAACCAAUAAAAACCAGUAUUUCACACAC